AGAGAGAGAGAGAGACACACAGCGAGAGAGAGAGAGAGACAGCGAGACAGAGAGAGAGAGAGAGAGAUUUCUGAUUCCAGUCUCCAGUCCUUCAGUCUAACGCUCGGCAACUUCUCUGCCUCUUCUACUGAUCAACCGUGAAUCGUCUGCGUGUGGAUGUAAAAACACAAACCGUUGGAUAGUUUAUCAUCAGCCAACAUCAACGGAUUUCGGAUUCUGUCAUUUUUUUGUGAAUUAACGCUGCUGUGACCCAGUUUUCGUGGUUAUUGUCAGUUGUUCUCUGGUACUUUUGUCCGUCCGAACCCUGCUGGAGUCUGUCUCCGGACAGUUUGCAGGCUGACGGCUACAUUUGGGAUUUUUUUCCGGUCCUGUGCGUGUUGCUGCUGCUGGUGCAGUUGUGGUCUGGAUGCCCCAGGAUUACCCCCAGGCUGCAGUUCCUCCCCCGGCCUGCAGGGCAGCAGCAGAGAGUGGCAGCCGGCCGCUGGACACGAGAAGCGUCGGCAUGAGCGACUUCUGGCACAAGAUGGGCUGCUGUGUGGUGGCUAAACCUCCACCGAAGAAGAGGAGGAGGAUUGACCGCAGUAUGAUCGGAGAGCCGACAAACUUCAUCCACCUGACACACAUCGGCUCUGGAGAGAUGGCCGAGGGCCUGCAGCCGUCUGGAACGGUUCAGGAACAGAUGAGGUCUAAAGGCCCGAAAAUGAACGGCAGGAACAGCAUGUUAUAGCCGGUAAACACACACACACACACACACACACACACACACACACAUCACAUCACACACACACACAC